GGGUUUUAGAUCUCACCAAAACAAAAGGCCACCAGAAGAGAGACUCCGAGAGAAGAGUUGAGGGUAAAAAAAAAAAAAAAAAUCAAUGGCGUCUAGGGUUUCACUUAAGAGCAAGGGCAAGGCUAGCGGCAAGGGGUCCAAGGCUUCGGCGGAGGAAAAGUCCACAGCGCAGAGUCUGAAGGAGUGGAGCACGUGGGCCGUGAAGAAGGCCAAGGUCAUCACCCACUACGGCUUCAUUCCUCUGAUCAUCAUCAUCGGCAUGAACUCGGAGCCAAAACCUCAACUUUCUCAGCUCCUUAGCCCCGUCUGAUCUUAAAUCCUCCGUCUUAUGCAAUACCCAGAUCCAGAUUCGGGCUCGUCUUUCGUGGGUCGGUGCCUAUUUGUUGAAUCUACUUUGCCUGAGUUCGGUUUUUAUGUUAUGUUUUCAGUUUAUGUUUGUU